GUUUGCGGAGGUCGUUGAUGGGACCUUGAAAAUCUAUGAGAUUGGUGCGGGUUGCGGUACGUGCGCGCUUAAUGUCUUGGACUACUUCGAACAGAAAAGGCCUGAAAUCUACAAGCGGAUGCACUACACCUCAAUAGAGAUCAGCGAGUCGCUGGCAGCGGAACAGCGAAAGACGGUUCAUGCCAAGCGGCAGCACCAGUCGAAGUUCAAGGUGGAGGUCAGAAACGCAGCAGACGUGGCGGCAUGGGGGCCACCCAGCGACGAGCCGUGCUUUGUGAUCAUGUUGGAGGUCCUCGACAAUCUGCCGCACGACCGUGUCUUCCGCUCCAGCCGCCAUGACCCCUGGCUCCAGACCAUGGUGACGUCAUCCCAGCCGGGGUUGACGUCAGCCACGCCUAGCCCCGACUCCUCCAUCCCCCCGAGCGAAGUUCAAGACCCCUCCAGCUCCCCCCUCCAGUUUCGAGAGUUGUUAGCACCGGUCCGAGACCCCCUGAUCCGACGAUGCUUAGCCGCCCUUGAGCCCGGGGGAUCAGAAGCGGGACCCUUGAGCGGAACGGAACCCCCAGACGGAACGGAACCGGUCAAAGCUAACGUAACAGGACUGCUCGCGCUCGCCCGGGAGUUCUUUGGCAGCCUGGCGGAACCCCCCGAGGGCUUGGAGGUUUUGUGGCUGCCCACCGGCGCUCUGCAGCUGCUGGAGACGCUGUACGCGGCCCGUCCGAACAUGUGUCUAGUAGCUGCGGACUUUGACGCGCUGCCGGACGUCCGGAUAGAGGGGCGGAACGCGCCGCUAGUUGCCAGCAAGGCUGACGGAGUCACUCAGGACCAGUCGACGUAUUUGGUACAGCCCGGGAUAGCCGACAUCUUUUUUCCGACCGACUUCGACGUGUUGCACCGGUUGAACCUGGCAGCUGCUCAUUGGUCGAAAGCUGGCCACGUGCCCUCGGCAAACUCGGCAAGCACACGAGCCUUCAUGGAGCAGUUCGGCGACGUCAAACGGACAAGAACAAGGACUGGGUUCAACCCGCUGCUUGAAGAUUACUUGAAUACGAAAAUCUUUGUAAGUCAGCCGGGAACAAGAUUUGACGGGUCCUGAAAGCAGAUUGACAAUUUUAUCAGCUUGACGGUGUGUCAAAGCAACAGGUGUGUGGACGAGACUAUGUUGAAAUAAGGUGUGUGCUUACACUGCCCUCCAACGGAUGAGGCGCAGGAAGGGAAGAAAGUGGAGACGCGGUCAAGCGGAAACGCUGCAGCCUUUUCAAAUGUACUUAGCGACUGCUCAUCAUUCAUCGGCCAUGUCACGCCGGUAUCACCUUCGUUAGUCGGACGGUAUUUCGUUCUGCCCGAUCUGCCCCGCAGUGCAUGCGCAGGUAGUGUACUGCCUAGGAGGUUGGGGGUUCACCGUCAUUUUGUCC